AUGGGUGGGCAGGGCCAGUAUCCUCUGGGGGGGGGGGACCCAGCCAGGCCACUUGGGGGGCCUCCCACCCACCCACUCCUGCUUCUCCUGCUGUGGACAUGGACAUUCAGACCCCGCUGCUCAGAGCUGUGGCCUGGCAUAGCUGACUGCCACUUGGCCACCAACCGCAGCAUGUACCCUCAGGUGGGUGCGGCCCUCGUGCAUCCUAGAGGCUAGCUGCUACCGCAGGCCCAGCUUCCUCCUUCCCUGAGGCCGACCAGCCAGUGCUGUGUCUGGUUUAACGUGAAACUGCCUGGCCACUGCCCACAACUGAGGGCCCUGAAUGGGUACUUCAAUCCCAUGUCCUGCUGCACAGACUCGGACAUCUUCAGGCGGUAUGGCUGGCUGGAGCCAUGCCCGGCCAACGCACCGGUCAACGUCUCAGCUAAGACCGAGCUGGUGGCCAGGGUAGUGUCCGGUUGGAGGAAGGAUUCAACCAUGCUUUAAAUUCAUCUCAAAGUGGACGUGGAUGGGCGCUCCCACAAGCUACUGCCACAGGCAUUCACGACCUAGUGCCUGUCCCAGUACAAGUGUGACCUGGCUUUGCAGAACUUGCACCCCAACUACAUCACAGAGAAGCUGGGGAAGCAUGCCCGGCCGGCCUGGACCAUGCCCAUGGCGUUUUGUCCCAGCAGGAGGAACAGCGAACAAUUCCUGCCGCCCCACACCUUUGUCCGCAUGGACAACUUCCAGAGCCCCGAGGAGCUGGCCCUGGACAAAGACCACAUCGGCUCCCUGAGCUGCUUCCACUGGCGGGAGAUGCUGCCGCCUUGAUCCUUCAGCUGGGCCCUGAUGUUGUGCCAGGCCUGCUGGCGGCUAGCAGAGCCCACCUACCAGAUAGUGACCAGCAUAGCUUCUUGGCUCACAUGGGCCGACCAGCCUGGGGCCUCACGUGCCAGCGCUUCUGCUUUAAGGAACCUCACCUGACAGGGGCCUCACCCACUGGGGAUGCGGAGAGGGAGUAUCACGGUGCUGGCGCCCUCACCUCCCAGGAAUCUCACCUCCUGGAGACCUGGGUUGUUGAUCUCACUUACCUGGGACUGCACCUACUGGGCACCUCUGCUGCCAAGAAUCUGGGCUCCGGGGCCUUAACCUGCCAGGGGCCUCCGGGGUGGGUGUCUCAGCUGCUGGAAAUGUUGGCUUCUGCGGACUUCACCUACC